CCGCCCCCUGUCCGAGGCUGCGGGAGAGGCCGGGGCAAGAGUUUGCGGAGGGUAUAGCUGGGUUCGCGCAGGCAGGCGGCGGCGCAGAUGAGAGAACUGAGGUCCUGACAAGUGAAGUGACUUGCCUACAGCCACACAGCUGGUGAGGACACAGUGGACAGCCUGAACCAGGGUAACAAGUGUGGACAGAGAAAAUAGGAGGGUCACUCUGGCUGCUGUUUUGACAAGAGACUGUGGAGGGGUUAAGGGUGGAAGCUGGAAGACCCGGAGGAGGCUGCUGCACUAGUCUAGAUCUCCUGGGCGUGCUCUCUCUUUCCACUGCUCAUGCCGCUGGGACUGGGGCGGCGGAAAAAGGCCCCACCUCUGGUGGAAAAUGAGGAAGCUGAGCCAGGUCGUGGUGGGCUGGGCGUUGGGGAGCCAGGGCCCCUGGGUGGAGGUGGGGCAGGAGGGCCCCAAAUGGGCUUGCCUCCCCCUCCCGCGGCCCUGCGGCCCCGCCUCGUGUUCCACACCCAGCUAGCCCACGGCAGUCCCACUGGUCGAAUCGAGGGCUUUACCAACGUCAAGGAGCUGUAUGGCAAGAUUGCUGAGGCCUUCCGACUGCCAGCUGCUGAGGUGAUGUUCUGCACCCUCAACACCCACAAAGUGGACAUGGACAAGCUCCUGGGGGGCCAGAUUGGGCUGGAGGACUUCAUCUUUGCCCAUGUCAAAGGGCAACGUAAGGAGGUGGAGGUGUUCAAGUCAGAGGAGGCGCUGGGGCUCACCAUCACGGACAACGGGGCUGGCUACGCCUUCAUCAAGCGCAUCAAGGAGGGUAGCGUCAUUGACCACAUCCAGCUCAUUAGCGUGGGUGACAUGAUCGAGGCCAUCAAUGGGCAGAGCCUGCUGGGCUGUCGGCACUACGAGGUGGCCCGGCUGCUCAAGGAGCUUCCCCGAGGCCGCACCUUCACACUGAAGCUCACGGAGCCCCGAAAGGCCUUUGACAUGAUCAGUGUGCGUUCAGGGGGUGGUCGUCCUGGUUCUGGCCCCCAGCUGGGCACUGGCCGAGGGACUCUCAGGCUGCGAUCCCGGGGCCCUGCCACAGUAGAGGAUCUGCCCUCAGCCUUUGAGGAGAAGGCAAUUGAGAAAGUCGAUGACCUGCUGGAGAGUUACAUGGGCAUUAGGGACACAGAGUUGGCGGCCACCAUGGUGGAGCUUGGGAAGGACAAGAGGAACCCAGACGAGCUGGCCGAGGCCCUAGAUGAGCGGCUUGGUGACUUUGCCUUCCCUGAUGAAUUCGUCUUUGACGUCUGGGGUGCCAUCGGGGACGCCAAGGUGUGUCCCAGGUGUCGCUCACCAUGUCCUGAAGCAGGAUCUAGGAGAGUCCCCCGUUCUCUGGGCCGCCUCCUCCUCUUCAUGGGUAUGACUCUCUGCUGCCCUGGCCUAGGCUUUAAGCCCCUGUGUAAAUAGCGGUAGGGUCUUGUGGCCUGGCUGGGUCUGACCCAAGCUAGUCCACCCAAGGCCACUGCUCCUCACCACCCAGCCGACAUCCAUGGAGGCUCUGGCAG